AUGGACGACGCGGCGCCGCAGCCCGACCCGGAGCCGGCCGACAUGACUUAUUUCGGCCCCACCUCCCUCACCUACCUCCCCGUCCUCCAGUGGCUAGCUGAUAAUUUCUAUUUGUGUGGAGGAUGCACUGUACCCUGCCGGCUACUAUAUGAGCUGUAUAUUGAAACCUGCAAUGCCAAUUUCAAGAUUCAAGUACAUCCAUCCACCUUUGGAAAGCUUAUUCAGUUAGUUUUCCCAGGCCUGGUGACAAGAAGGCGGACCACAGCAGGGAGUAUCAGAUACCAUUAUGAUGGAAUAGCUAUCAAGAAGGUGUCUUCCUUUUAUGCACGUUUUUGCUGUCUUCUGUAUGAACAAAAUUUUUUCAGGCACUGCUCUCCGGGGGAAGUGAGCAUCUCUGAUGUGCAGCCGAGCACCAGUAGAAGUUCCUGGAGUUCUGAAAAUGCAACUGAUUACAAGAAGAAUAGAGAAAAAAAAGGAACAAGUAAGAAUUUGCAGUAUUAUCCAUCUGUCAUUUAUCUGAAGACUGAACAAGAGACAUUUCAUUACCUUUCUCCUGAUUUCAACCAGUUCUUCUUUGGAGAACAAGCACAAAGUGAGACAUACCCCUAUGAACUGAUUACACUGCUUGGCAAUGACUACUACAACUAUUGUCAAGUUAUUUUACAAACGGUGAAAGAAGCUAAGCUUGACAAGGUGGAAGACUGUAUCAUGUCAUUCUGGACAUCUCUGCAGCCUGAAAGAAUAGAACUUAUGUGCCUGCCAGAUGUGUGCCAGAUGUUAAAAAGCUAUGAUAGGCAUCUAUUCAAGGAAUUGGAGAACAUCCUACUUCCUGAUUUCCUGGAGGAGGUGCCUGCACAACACAUAGACUUCAUCAGAUCAUUCAGUGAAAAUGUUAAAUGUUGGAUGCUUAAUCCUUUGGGAGGUUUUCCAUUACUGCUCCAAACAUCCAAGUCUAAUGAAGCUAAAGAGUUUGUAAAAAGGCUCAGGAGGAAGACAGACCUUUGCAACAUGGUCAAGACAGUAAGAGCACUCUUGAACAACAACAGCACAGUCACUGUUCUGCGAUCAGGCUUGCAUGCCAUCUUCCAUGAGAAAUCCCUGGAUGUGACUAAGGACCUCUUUCAAGAGAAGUCUAGGAAUCCAAAGAAACGGCAGAAAAACAUACAAUUAAAAUGUUUGAAAAACUUCAUUUCUUCACUGGCAUCUUCCACAAAUAUUCAGGAUCUCCUGAGCUGUUUGUCUUCAGAUCUCCAGACUUUUGUUAUUAAGCCAAGCAAGAAUAAAGAGGCAUUUAAAGAGCAGGCAUCAGAUUUCAUGUUGAAAUGGAGCCUCCUACUGAGCAAUGUAGGCAAGAUUCUGACCAUCAACAGGACAGACAGUUUUGGAUCCUGGCUUUUGUUGAAUAUGCUACUUGUUGAUUUUGCGGCUCACAUUUUCCAGUCCUAUAUAGAAGACGAUAAAAGAGAAGGAAAUGCCUUGGUUGCAAAGCAAAAUGGGGCCUCUGUUCUGUGUGUUUACGAGCCCAGUCAUCUCUCAGCCUGUUUUGCUGAGGAGGAACCUCAAGCCAAUGCUCCACAGACAGCUCUUAUGAUGCAGAACCAGAAUAAUUUUGGAUUAAGCAAUGCUUUCCAGAGUUCUGAGUUGUUUGGUGAACACAGCCACAGUCAGCAAGGUGAAAUUAACAUUUACUUGAAAGAAAAUGAUGGGGAAAAUAUUAUGGAUUGGGCAAAUUAGGACAGAUUGGGAGGUGUGUGGCUGUUUGGGGGUAUUUUCUGCAUGUAAAGUAGAACUAAUGAAAUCUAGAUUUGCAUGGAGCUGUGUCCAAUGUCACUGAAACCUCAACCCACAGAGCAUCCGCCACAUCCUGUCCCCACCCCACAAUUAUAUCAAGGGAUUGUCAUCUCAACAUCACCCACCUCCC